AUGGACUUUUUCUGGCAGCAGCAAAAUAAAUUACUUUCCUCCCCAAAGUUUGGCAGAAGAUAUCAUCCCCACCUGAUUUGCUUUUGUGUCUCUAUUCAUGCCAAAUCUCCAUCUGUGUACAGAGAACUGUCAUCAUCCGGUGUCUUGGUUUUACCAAGUGAAAGAGUUCUUCGUGAUUACAGGAACUUUUUCAAGCCCAAUCCUGGAUUUCGUAAGGAAAAUAUAGAGAAAUUAUGUGAUGCUACCAAACAGCUCUUUGAUUGUCAACGCUAUGUGGUUUUAUCCUUUGACGAGAUGAAAAUACAGUCAAACUUGGUGUUUGACAAGCACACGAAUGAGCUAAUCGGCUUUGUAGAUCUGGGUGAUGAAGAUGUCAAUACUGCUGUGUUUGAUACCCCCACCACAUUGGCAAGCCAUGUUCUAGCAUUUAUGGUAAGAGGUGUUGCUAGUGAUCUGAAGUAUAUCCUUGGAUAUUUUAGUACACAAAGCCUCACCUCUUUCCAGAUAAUGCCACUUUUCUGGAAAGCUGUUUCCAUCCUGGAGGUAACUUGUAACCUGUGGGUGUGUGCAGCUGUAAGCGAUGGUGCCUCAUCUAACCGAAAGUUCUAUGAACUGCAUGCAUCUCUUGUUGGGGAAAACUACUCUGUCGAUGUUGUUCAUCGAACCAUCAACCUGUUUGCACCAUCAAGGUACAUUUACUUCUUCUCUGAUGCCCCACAUCUCAUCAAGACCUCCUGA